GAAAUUCGGGGACGAGCUUCUUGGAUCCAGUGCAUUCCAAUAAACUGAAACCAAUCAAUCAAUUUCGCGGGUUAAAUAACUACAAAAACAUGGACCCCACCUCUACCGAACCAGCGACCACCGCCACUCUUCUCCUCCCUCACCGCUCGCUUCUCUUUCAAAACCUUUUACUGUUCUUCUGGCACCUUCUUCUUCUCACCAGUAGUAUCAUCAUAUUCAGUUUACUAACCCUAACCGCACCAAUCGAAAUUGAAAAAAAAUAUUAAUUUAAUACUCAAGAUAUGAACACAACCGCCAAUCUCCACCUUAAACCACCAACACCGCAGCGGCAGAGGCAGCGGCAGUUUCUUCACUCCAAUGUCCUUCACAACGCCUUCCAAUUCCGCAAAUUCCGCUUCUACAAACGCCGUCGUAUUAAACGAACGACAACGCACCUCACAGUCCGCAACAACUUAAUAGAACCAUUCCAGAGCUUUCUCUCUCAGUUUCCGUCUCAAAACUCUCUCGAUUUUCUCGCUCCGGUUCUAGGUUUGGCUUCCGGUUUAACUUUUUAUAUCUCUCAAUUCAAAUCAGAUAGUAAUAGUAACGGCUCAUUAAUCAAAUCGAAUAUCGGCGAGUGGAUUCUCUUUACUAGCCCUACGCCGUUCAACCGUUUUGUAUUCCUCCGUUGUCCUUCGAUAUCGUUCGAAAGAUUCGAGAAUUUGAACGAGAGAUUGGUAGAUGAAGACAGGCAUUUUGUUAGGCUGUGUCGCGGGAGCAUUCAAUCUAGUGGUGGAUUAGCGGAGGAGGAGGAAUUAUUGGAGUAUCAGAGAGUAUGUGUGAGUACGGAUGACGGAGGUGUGAUUUCGAUUGAUUGGCCGGCGAAUUUAGAGUUGAGAGAAGAACAUGGAUUGGAUACUACUCUGUUGCUUGUUCCUGGAACUACUGAAGGUAGUUUGGAUAAGAAUGUCAGGGAGUUUGUGUGUGAUGCGCUUAAACGAGGGUUUUUUCCUCUCGUUGUUAAUCCGAGAGGAUGUGCUGGUUCUCCGCUUACCACUCCGCGGUUAUUUACAGCUGCUGACAGCGAUGAUAUCUCCACAGCUAUACAGUUUAUCAACAAGGCAAGGCCAUGGACAACAUUGAUGGGAGUUGGCUGGGGAUAUGGUGCAAAUAUCUUGACUAAAUAUUUAGCCGAAGUUGGUGAGAGAACACCGCUUACUGCCUCCACAUGCAUUAAUAAUCCGUUUGACUUAGAGGAAGCAACAAGGUACUCUCCUGAUCACGCUGCUUUGGAUCAGAAACUUGCUGGUGGACUGAUAGAUAUCCUGCGGUCUAAUAAGGAACUGUUUCAAGGGAGAACAAAAGGGUUUGAUGUGGAAAAGGCUUUAAAGGCAAAGUCUGUUCGUGAUUUUGAGAAAGCAGUAUCUAUGGUAUCUUAUGGCUGUACAGAAAUAGAAGACUUCUAUUUUAAAGCUAGCACCCGAGAUUUGGUUGGGAAUGUUAAGAUUCCUGUUCUCUUUAUUCAGAAUGAUAAUGGGACAGUGCCAUUAUUUUCCACCCCACGCAGUUUGAUUGCAGAAAAUCCAUUUACAAGUCUCCUUUUGUGCUCCCGUGUGCCUUCUCACGUUAGGAGUGGCAGAUCUGCUGAAUUGUGGUGCCAGAACGCAACAAUUGAGUGGCUCUCUGCAGUGGAGCUUGGGAUUUUGAAGGGUCGCCAUCCUCUUUUGAAAGACGUAGAUAUUACCUACAACCCUUCAAAAGUUUUAACUCUCAUGGAAGGCAGAACAUCUGAUCCUGUUAAAGAGGUGCUUGAUGAUACUAGUACUGCGCUCCAAUCAAGAUCUAGACAAGAUUCUCACAGAAAUUUGAAACUUGAAGAGGGAUUGCAAGAAACUGAGAAUGGUGUAUUGCAGCAGACCAGCUCCAUUGAUGCGGAGUUGGUCAAAGAGGAGGUCACUGAUCAUGUAGACACUGAAAAUGGUGAAGUGCUGCAAACAGCACAAAUAGUUAUGAAUAUGCUUGAUAUUACCAUACCAGGUGUUUUGAAAGAAGAAAAAAAGAAGAAGGUCUUGACUGCUGUUGGCCAAGGAGAGACAAUUAUGAAAGCCUUACAAGAUGUUGUACCGGAAGAUGUUCGUGGAAAGCUUACCGCUUCUGUAUCUGCAAUUCUGCAUGCUCAAAAUACAAACUUAAAACUUGAUAGACUUCUUGACAUUGGUAAAGUUCCUGCUAUAUCACCAGGGAUCGAGUCAAAAUCAGAAGCUGAAGCUACACUUAAAGAUCCUCAUAUAUCAGAUGAGAUGAAAGUGGUUGAUACUUUGGCUGAUGGUUCUGAUAACAGUCAACCUGGAUCCGACAACUCAGCCACAGGGCAGGAUCCAGACCUUCAUUGUAUUGAAAAUUUGAAUGAAUCCAGUGAUAUAGGUCAACCUCAAUUGCUGAGAAGUCAACAAGGUGAUACUUCUAGUUCUAGUAGCAAGGGCACUAGUGAUUUAGGAAAUAAUCAUGAAAAUGACGAGCUCAUAAAAGAAAAAGAUCUGGUUUCUGACAGCAAUGAAAAGGGAAAGAGUGCCAAGCCAAAUAUUGAUAGCCUCACUGAAAAGACAGGUGGCACUGAGGAAGCAAGUGCCAAUCAGGAAGGUGGGACACCUCAAUUAGAAACAAAAAAGCAGAGUACUAUCAUGGAAAAUGAAGAGAAAUCCAUGAAUUCUUCAAGUGAUCAAAGUAAGACGGUGUCUGGCAACAUAGCUGAAGAAGCUCCUUCACCCGCAGAGUCCUCCACUGACUCCCAACCAAUGGAAAGAGAAGGCAGUGAAAAUUAUAAAACUGAGAUCAAAACAGAGUCAUCUGUUCCCGAUCAACAUAGACCUACUGUAUCUGAUUCUAAUCCUCCUACAUUCAAUGUUUCUGAGGCGUUUGAUGCUUUGACAGGAAUGGAUGAUUCCACCCAAGUUGCUGUUAAUAGUGUAUUUGGUGUCAUAGAAGACAUGAUUUCUCAGCUCGAAGAGGAAAAAGAUGAUGAAAAUAAGUCCGAGGCUGGAGAUAAGAUUGAAGAUGAUUUGGUUGAUUCUACACAGAGAACAACACAUGCUAAUAGCGACCACUUACUAAGUUCUAAUGGUAAGAAUGAGUUGGGAGCACAAUCUAUUAUUUCAAAUGAUUCUUCUGUUGAUAAAAAUGAAACUAAUGAUUUCAACCCACAGACUGUUGUGAGUAAUGAAUGGGUAAAAGAGGAACCUGCGAAGAAUUCCAUAUCUGACGGUGAGAAUAGCAGACAUGGUUCUCAGGGAAGUACUAUCAGUAACUAUGAAAUUGAGGAAGGAACAAAGAAAACUAAAUUAAUUGGUGGUAAAUUUUUGGCUAAUCACGCCGAUCGACAUGUAAAUAGCAUUCCAUUGUACAUAAGUGCAAAUUCAUAUCGCGACUAUCUACAAAAUGAAUACCUCCGUAGAUUUCUUCUCUCAAAGAUGCCAAAUAGCAAACCACUUGAUCUAGAUACAACUACUGCUUUAUUGCUCGACUAUUUCCCAGAAGAUGGUCAAUGGAAGCUAUGGGAGCAACCGGGAAUUAUUGGAGAAUCUACAAAUGAUGUUACAACUGAUGAUAGUGUUAACAGAAGGGAUCAGGUCCACCAUUUUGCAAAAUUGAGUGCAGAUAACUAUAUAGAGCCAUCCUAUGUCUUAUUAGAAACAGAUAAACAAUCUGAACCUGUUGAAGAAUAUAGCACUGAGGACCAUUUUCAAGUACAUGCUGCAAAUGGCGAUGACAGAUUGGAGGAGUUGAGGCAGUUUGUGAAAAAUAUCAUAUUGGACGCCUUGAAAGUUGAAAUUGAUCGGAAGCUAAGUCCAGAUGACAUGAAGGAAAUGAAAUCUGAUCUUUCUAGAGAUCUUGAGCAGGUGGCAUAUGCUGUGGUAUUGGCCAUUGUACGUAAUAAGAAUACUCUAUGCUUGCAAGAAAACUUCAGUAUUCAAAGUACGUCUCAAAAGCUUGGUACUCUUCAAGGAGAGGACUUAGUAAAAGCCAUUUCUUCCGCUGUCCAGAGCGCAAGUUAUUUGAGAAGAGUGCUACCAGUUGGUGUUGUUAUUGGCUCUAGUUUAGCUGCUCUGAGAAAAUAUUUCUAUGUAGGUACCAGGCAUGAUAGCGUCCUAACAUUCAUUGAGCAAACAAAAACGUCUGUGGAAAAAGAGCCAGAUAAGUCCAAUAUGGAGGCUGACCUGAAGCUUACUCACAUAAGCAAUAAAACUACCAGUAUUAGUAAAAUAAGGAGUAGAGUGUCGGAAGAAGCUGAACUGAGAAGUAAAAACAAUGACAGCAUGAUGUUUGGUGCUGUUACAGCUGCUUUAGGAGCGUCUGCUUUGCUGGUGCAGCAACAGAGCAAAGACAGGAAUAUUGCUGAGAGUUCAUCUUAUUCCCAAAACGAGAAAGUGAAUCAGAUGAAGGAAAUCCACAAAGUUGAUGAGCAAAUGUCGGAAAAAAAUGAUAAUAUAGCUGCAAGCCUUGCUGAGAAAGCCAUGUCAGUUGCUGGUCCUGUGAUUCCUACAAAGGAAGAUGGAGAAGUGGAUCAAGAAAGGUUGGUUUCCAUGUUAGCAGACUUGGGACAAAAGGGUGGCAUGUUGAGACUGGUUGGUAAAGUUGCUUUGCUUUGGGGUGGCAUACGUGGUGCUGUAAGUCUAACUGACAGGCUUAUCUCAUUUCUCCAUUUGGCUGAGCGCCCCUUGUACCAGAGGAUUAUUGGGUUCUUCGGCAUGGUGCUCGUUUUAUGGUCCCCAGUCAUUGUUCCGUUGCUUCCGACUCUUGUGCAGAGCUGGACAGCAAAUAUACCUUGCAGAUUCGCAGAGCUUGGUAGCAUUGUUGGCCUCUAUAUUGCUGUCACGAUACUGGUAAUGCAAUGGGGAAGAAGAAUUCGCGGGUUUAAUGAUCCACUAGAAGGAUAUGGGUUGGAUUUAACAAAACCGCCUAAGAUCCAACAUUUCUUAAUCAGCUUGAUUGGAGGAGUCAUGAUGGUUCUAUCAAUACAGUCUGUAAAUGCUCUGUUGGGCUGUGUGUGUUUCUGCUGGCCUUCAAGUCUUCCUACAUCUUCUUUAGAUGCCAUGGCAUUUCUCAAAGUAAGCGGGAAAAUAAUUACACUUGCUGUUCAAGGAUUUGCAACAGCAACCGGUGUUGUGUUUGUUGAAGAACUGCUUUUUCGGGCGUGGCUGCCUGAAGAGAUUGCCGCUGAUCUUGGUUAUCAUCAAGGAAUCAUAAUUUCAGGACUUGUUUUUUCUCUUUUCCAGAGGUCUCUGUUAGCAAUACCUGGUCUUUGGCUUUUCUCAUUGGCUCUUGCAGGGUUUCGACAAAGAAAUCAAGGCAGCCUUUCCAUUCCAAUUGGAUUACGUGCAGGUAUCAUGACGUCGAGUUUUAUUUUGCAAACUGGCGGCUUUUUAACCUAUAAAUCCAAUUACCCUCUGUGGGUUACCGGAACUCACUUAUUCCAACCCUUUAGUGGAGUUGUUGGUAUUGCAUUUGCUUCAGUACUAGCCAUAACUUAUUAUCCAAGGCAGCCAUUAUAGAAAGGAGGAGCAACUGAAACUUCUCUUUGUUUCCCGAGCCUACAAUGAGUUACACCGACAGUCCGAAAAGGUUAAAGGGUCAUUAGGGAAUAAACAAAAGUUCAUUUUACCCCUUCAAUUUGGGACAGAAGAUCAAAAGAGUUCCAAGUUCGUUGUUUUGAACAAAAACAUCAACAAUCUAUCAAUUUUAGGUCAUUUUACACCUUUGAUCACCAAGAAUGAUGUCAGUUUGACAUCAGCUCAGGGUGUAAAAUGAUUCAAAAUCGACAAGCAGUGGGUGUUUUUGUCCAAAAUCAUAAAUUUGGAUUCUUUUGACAUUUGUUCUCAAGUUUGAGGGGCAAAAUGCACUUGUAUUGAAAGAACAUUUUUAUUUUAGCAUUAGCUAAUGCUACCUUGUGGUAUCUAGCAAUAUGAAAAGAUUUGGCUAGGAUUUUCCAAAAGAAUUGAGCGACUGAUGGUUACUGCUGACGAGGAAAAAAAACUCUCCGCAACCAAAGAAAUAAGAGGCAGAGAGCAGAAAUUUUGAUGUAUAGUAUAGUAUAGAUGCGUUAAGUCUUGAGUAUGUUGUAUAAAUCUCAAAAAGGCAGUGUAUAAUUUUGUAAUUAGGAAAAUGAAUUAUAUGUGUAAGUAUUAGGAAGAAGUCCGUAAAUAAUUGCCAAGUUGCACUUGGUGCGUAUGUCACUUUUAAAGCCUUGUAAACUAUGCUCUUAUAUCCUUUAGAAGAAGGUUAAAUUAAAUACCAAUAAAUUACUAAUUAAGUUAUAA